GGAAGAGUGAACACACCAACUCUGCAUAUGUGCAUAUCAACUGUUGGAGUCACACCACAAAUGAACACACGGUUUCAGAACUCUGAUAAAUUAACACGAAAUAAAAUAAAACAUUGUCCUUUGUGUUAGUCUGACUGAGUGCAAUGGCGUGACCAAAUUGGAUUAUAUGGAGCCCAAAGUUGUGAUAGAAUUCGACAAUCCGUCAAAAACGUAUGAACCAAGUGGGCUUGUCGUGGGCAGAGUUAUCAUAAUUUCUAGCGGACAAGAUGGGCUACACUUGACUGAAGUUAUUAUACGCCUUGAAGGAAAACGAGUUGCUUUUGCAAAUCCUGAUAAGCCGGAAGAAUUUUACUUUUGUGAAAGACAAUUAGUGCUCAUCAACACUGAAACCAUACUACCCCCUGAUGAACUUAUUGAUCUAGCCUUCGAAUUCAAACUUCCAGAAAAGUUGCCAUCAUCCUUCCAUGUCAGCCGAGGUCUUGUGGAUUACUCAAUCGUUGUUAAACUUCGGAGAAAAUUUGACUUUGACAUUACACACCGAUCAACCUUCUUCGUAAAUGGAGUUUUACUUCUCAACGCUGGAGACAGUAGCGCUGUGGAAAUUCACAGUUCCAAACCUGCUGGAUGCUGCUCAUGCUUCAAUUGGAGGAAGGGUCAUAGGUUUGGGCUUAUGUUAAAACUGAGCAAGGAUCAAUUCCUUCCAGGCGAAGGAAUUGAUUACACAGUCAAAAUUUGGAAUUCGUCAGAGGCCACGCUGAAAAACUGUAAAAUUGAACUGAUACGGGAACUUCGUCUGCUUGACUGUGGAAACUUUGACACUGUGCUGAAAGAGUAUGGUCAGUUAAGUUCAAUUAUUGGACCGGUGAUUAAACCGGGAGAAAAACUUUGCUGGACUUCCAUACGACCUCAAGAAGCAGAAGACCCUGCAAAUCUCACCAGAAAUAAGGUUUCAUGUUUAAAGUCUUCAAUCCCCAUUCCUGGCGACACUCCGCCGUCACAUUUAGGCUGCAGAGCUGUUGUUCAACUGGAUUAUUUCGUAAAGAUCUCAAUGAAGACUGACGGAUUCUUCUGUCCUAUUUCAUUAGAUUGUAAAUGCCCAAUUAUCAUUGGGUCGGACCACUCUCAAAUUCAUGAGUCGAGUCAAUGAUAAUUAAAAUACAUGUGAUGCGACAAAGCGGAAAUAAAUAUGCAUGGUGGAAAUAAUUAAA